UAUUGAAACGGUGGUGCAAACAUUAAUACGACUAGCAGCAUCAGCAGCAUCAUCGGGAAGCAAACGCAAUCCCAGCAUCAUCAGACGGCCCGAUUAUGGAUAUCAGGGUCGUUGGUGGACCCUGCGGCUACCAUGGCUCGUACACCUUUUUCAAGGGUCUCAAAAUUACGUUCGGCGCGAAAGGAUCGCUCGAAUCGGGCAGUAGUUCCUCGUCGUCGGCUUCGUCUGUGGCCAGCCUACCAGUGUCCUCCGCUGCUGCACCGAGCAGCGGAAGUGUUGGUGGCCCAUCACCACCCAACACUGCCACCCCUACCUCCACCGACAACAACAGUAACGGGCACGAUCGGCGGCGCCCUUCUGUCGACAUUCCCAGCGAAGUCGGUGGCACCACCAAAACCACCGCCGGCCCACCUGAACCCUCCUCCUCCUCCUCCGCCUCACCAUCAACUACCAUCAAGCGGCCAUCGACGGGUGGUGAAGAUGGUGGUGAUACACCGGGGGAGGAACAGGAUGAGCGGAUGAAGGAUCGUAAUGGUGAUCACACUGCCCAGUGCAAUCAAACCAAUGCCAACAGUAGUAGUGCGUCGUCGACAACCGGCGGCAGUAGUAGUGGAAAUACUAGUGGUAAUAGUAACAGCAGUAAUAGUAACAGCAGUAAUAGUAAUAGCAAUAGCAAUAGUGAUAGUAACGGUAACAACGGUAGCUCUAGUGCCAACGGUGGCAACAGUGGAAAGAGUCAAAAUGGCAACCAUGCGAAGCCAAAACAAACGCAACGAAAAUGUGUCAGCGAAAAUGGCGUCAGUGGAGUAGUUGGUGGUGGUGGUGGUGGCGGUGGUGGCGGCAGCGGAGGUAGUGUUGGUGGCAGUGUUGCCAGCAGCAACGGUACCAGCACCAGAGCCGGUAUCAACAACAACCUAUGCCGAUUAACGUCGGUCGAUCGAGAGCAACACUACCGUCCACUGGUGCUGGCGCUGGGCGACUGCAUUCCGGUCCGACCAUGGUCCGAUUCACCGAUCGCCUGCCUGGCCGAGCUGCGUAUGGUCUGGCGGGAUCGGAACGAGCAGUGCCUGCUGAUAGCCCUCCGGCUGUACUUUCUGCCGGAGAAUACACCGAUGGGCCGCAACUGUCACGGCGAGGACGAGGUGCUUGCGAUCUCGGACAAGGUGAUACUGCGGGCCGAAGAUCUCCUGAACUGGAUCGAUACCGAGCAGGAAUGGAGCUGGGGCCUGCUAACGCUGUACGACGAACACAGUGCCAAGGAUUGCCUGGGGAUGACGCGACAUCUCAGCAAAAACUCAUCGCUCGAUUUUGGCGAUGUUGAUAAGGAGAAGCAUUCAGGUGAAAACAUUGUAUCCAAAGUGGCAGUCUUGAGCUUUUCACGAUACUGUCGCUAUCGAGCGCUCCUAAAACGUCUCGAAGGUGUACAGGAUGCGUGGCUACGAAAUGCGCUGGUGGAAACGCUCGGAGGCUUUGUCGCACCCGUCCCCAACAUGCGGAUAAUGUUCUGCAAAGAAACGUUCGACUAUCCUGAGCUGGAAACACACGAGCUACUGUGCAAUCAUUUGGCGCCAAAGCUAAAAGGACGACCACGCGGAAAGCGGAAGAAAACUCUCUCCGACUCGUCGCAGUAUACGAAGAAGGAGGGCUGUUCGGACGAGAGCGAUUCAAACGAAUCGGAUGUUUCAGAUUAUUCCUACAGCAAGGUAUCUCCCGGCAAGAAAGUUAUCGAUCUCCAUCCUACCCCACGCUACAAUCCCCGACCGUCUCGAGGAUCGUCCCAAACAAAGCAGGAACCGAUCAGCGUGGUUAUAUCCGCCUCGGCCGGCACAGUCAAACCAAGCACGGGAAACAACAACAACCAUCUGUCCCAGCGCAAUCGGUCCAAAUCCACGUCGAAAACGAAAACCUCCAAGAAGUCAAAAUCGUCGGCCACGAAAGCGGCUCGCAAGGUGGGUCGCCCAGGAGGCGGUGGCAAAAAAUCGUCUUCAUCGUCCUCCAACUCAUCCCUGGCAGCUGCUGGAGGUGGUGGAGAAUCGGAGGACGAUGAAGAAGAAGUGGAUGAGGAUGGUGAAGAUGGUGGGUCUUCGUCGGCCCGCGGUGCUUCGAAGGAUCGUGAUCGGGAGGAUGAUGCUGAUGAAGAUGAGGAAGAGAUGGACUAUGAGGAUGACGAGGAAGAGGAGGAUGAUAAUCUGUUCCGGGUGAAUGAGAGGAUGAAUUCUGCCGAGCGAGAGUUCUUGCAGCGAUUGCAGGAAUUCCUCGAUCCACGAGCGCUUCAGUAUGCGGAUAGUCAGGCUUCUUCGCUGAAGAAUGUGAGUUUAUACGCGGUAUACGCCAAGGUACAGAAGAUCGGUGGCUACAGUGCGGUGACGGAUAAGGAGGUGUGGAAUCAGCUGCUUCAAGGAACGGGUGCCGAGAAUGGUGUACUUAGUCGACGGAAGUACGAGAAGAUUAUACUUCCGUUUGAGAAACAUUUACGCGAACUGGCUGCUGACCAGGAUUCGGAGCUGAAGCGAGAAUCGACCCUACUGUUGGUGGGAGACGAUGAGCUGGAAGCUAAACUUCGGUUGCUGCGCGACGUGAAGUUGGAGAAGCGUGAUCCUGAUCCGGACAGCAAAUCGCUUGCGCAGAUGGAAAAGAAUGGAAACACUGGAUUGGAUUAUUCGGUUAAACGGGAACUGGUGGAAAAGGAUGAACUUUACGGGAAAGGUGCACUUAAAGAGGACAGCAAUGGUUCCGGUGGAGGCAGUCCUAACGGUGGCGUACAUCUGGGAAUGUCCCCUGUAUCGGUCCCACUAACAGUUAUCGUUCGUCCCAAUUUGGACGAAAAGGAUCAAAAGUCCUCUCAGAUACAGAUCAAGCAACCGCACACGACGAUCACGGUACAUCAAACAACGAUCCAUCCGCACAAUGCCAAUCAUCAUCACGCAAAUCAGCCAAAUAGCAAUCACCAUCAGCAUGGACCGAUGAGUGGACAGAGUCCGCAGCACAUUACCAACCAGAUACAGAUCACGAAUCAGAUCCAAAUCCAGCAGAUCACAGUGCAAUCGAAUGAUAAGAAUGGUUCGGGUGGCAUGGCAGGAUCUGGGGCUGGAAGUCCGAAUGAAUCUGCGGGACAGUUCAAGUAUAGUUUCAAACAGGACAAAUCAGGCCAAGAACUCAACAUCGAACCGGCUGCGACGACACCGAAAUCCACUUCAACGACGAUUGCCUCUGGGGCUGGAUCACCGUCGAAGGGUGCUCCAUCGCUAAGUCUAUUCCCGCUCAACCGACAAGGAACGGAUCCAGAUCUAACCAUAAAGGAAGUUUCAGUGUGCCCAACAAGUGGAACGUUAUCGAUUACGUCCAGUGCUUGUGUGCCGACAACACCCUCGAAGACGAGUUCGCUGAGGCAUGUGCGAAUGAAGAACGAUAGAAAAGGAAGUGGCUCCGGUGGAGGAGUGCUGAUGGACGCUGGUGGGUUUAUGGGUGCUAGUCAGAAGGAGAACAUCCCAUUGCUUGGUGGUGGCGUCGGUUCGGCAAGUCUGUUCGGUGGUCAGAGUCUAACCACAAUUACACCGAUCCCUGCUAACAUGAUGAUGGCAGGAGCGUUCCUUGGAGGAGGAGGUAGCCUAGCAGGAGGAGGAAGACCUUCAAUGGACAUGGAUCACUCGUCCGGUAAGCAGCAAUCAGCUACUCCAGCUGCAACGGAAGUGAUCGAUCUUGUUGAUAGUGAUAACGAAAGCGAAGCAGGAUCAUCCUCUGCGAAUCGCAAACAAGCCGGUCAAGCCAUGCGUCCGAUUCCUUCGCUACUGCCACCGAUGAAGAAGCGCAAGUUGGACAUUCUUCGCGAGGGCGGCCUCGAAGUGACACCGAUCUCAAACGGAGCAAGUAUCUUCUCGAGUCUCGGAAAAAGCACGGGACCGCCCAAUCCGAUGCGUAUUAAUAUAACGGCUGAACUGAACACGACUCCUCCACGGCCCGAAGCCGUAUCGAAACGGAACGAUCAGCAGCCACGCAAAUGCAUUCCGACUCCUCUCGAGUUCCAGACGCACUGUAUGUACACACGCACCGGGAAGAUAUUCGGCGAUCCGAAGGAGCUGGUUCCUUCAAGAGCUCCCGUGCCUGCACCGGAUCUUCUCGAUCUAACUGGCCGCAUGGGUAUGAUGGUAGGCGUCGAUAGUGUGGCGAAUCUUUCCAACAAAAGUCAGCUCCCUGGGAUGGAUUUCUCUUCUUCCGGUGGGAAUAUGCGUCAGAAUAAUCGUACAGGACCAGCCUCCCGCACAGCACCGAGCUUGCAGAUAACGCUAGUUCCCGGUCCGUCGAACAACCACAACACUGGUGGUGGACCUUCAAGUCUUCCACCAAUGAUGACACCACUGAACAUUCCCGUUCCGGUGCCAAGUCAACAAUCGGUGGCAUCGUCGGCAUCUUCCACCCCGUCCAAUUCGAUGAUGGGACACAAGAAAUCGAAAGCGUACGAAAUUGUGCCAUUAAGAGAUGGUGUUACUGCACCAAUGAAGGAACCAAGUCCCAAGGUUACUAUCGGUCCUUCUUCUGCGUCCUCCUCCUCGUCCGGCUCCACCAACGGUACAAUCAUUCCACCACCUCCACCCCCCUCGGCCUCCGCCGCUCAGCUAGGAUUGAUGGGUGCGGGAUCUUCUACCAACAACUUCCUCGAAACACUUGCCAACCUGCAGAAGGUGAACCCGGUCCUGAUGGCCAGCAUACUGUCCUCUUCCGGCAUCUCAAAGUCAUCCAUUCCGGGGCUGACGCAGCUUCUCGGUACACUUGCCGAUCAAUCGCCACUCGCACCGCCAGCGACGAAGAAGACGCAACGAAGACGUUCCAACUCACAGGCAGCGGCGGCAGCAGCAGCAGCAGCGGCUGCAGUCAGUUCAGUCCCGAAUGCGCCAUCACCCAGCAUCCCUGGCAGUUUACCACCAGCGGGUGCUCCUCCUGGUCAAGCGCCAAAUGUUGUCCCCUCCAUGCCACCGUUUCCGAUGCCACCGGCCAGCUUAGGAAUGGUGCCACCAUCGGUGUUACAAUCCAACUCACCCUCUCCGCAACAUCAUCCUCCGCAGGCUGAUUCACCAACCUCCGCGAAUCAUCCACUCAGCCAACAGAUCAAGCUACUCCAGCAAGUUCAGCUCCAACAGCAGCAAAAGUUCUUCCAACAGAAAGCCUCCGAAGAACAUCAGAAGCUGCAAAUGUACCAACAGUUCUCGCAGAAGCAACAGCAACAAUCCUCCCCAAGUCAAGGCUCACCCGUGUCCCCUGUGUCUACCGUCGGAGCAGGCUCCCCAUUGCCGGGCACACCUCCACUCGCAAUGCCACCCUCUCCGGUCACGGUUCCCCGUAUUCCGGUUGUACCACCUGCAGCAGCCGCAGUACUGUCUGGACUGCCGCCUGGAGCUGGUGCUACAUUCCCUCCUCCGUUCGAUCCGAUCUACCUGCAGCUGUACGCAAACCCGGGACUAUACCUGCAAAGCUUGCCGCCAGAACAGUUGCUGCAGCUGUACAAAAACCUUCCGCAGGGCAUUCCAAUCACUAAGAGCUAG